GCUCAGGCAGCAGCUGACUACGUGAAGGCCCACCUUCCAGAGUCUCUGAGGCAGCAGCUGCUGUCCUAUGACAGGGAGAAGAGGGAGGGCGUUCUCUCCUACCCCAGCAUCCUGGAGCAGCGCAUCCUGGCUGUGGACCGAGACAUGGUGGACAAGCUCUCCGCCAAUCAUGACGAAGCAGGUGAAGGACCGUAGGAGUGCUGAUCUAAGAUCAGUUUUGCCCAUAAUGAAUGAGAUUACAUGUACAGGGGGAACCUGAUCCUAGAUCAGGACUCCUACUCUGAGGCGUUUUAUGAAUACGAGCCCAGGUGUCACACAUUAAAAAGGUGGCAACAAUGGAGGAGGGGUUAAGACAGUAGGUCAGAUACAGUGGGGAAAAAAUGUAUUUAGUCAGCCACCAAUUGUGCAAGUUCUCCCUCUUAAAAAGAUGAGAGUGGCCUGUAAUUUUCAUCAUAGGUACACGUCAACUAUGACAGACAAAAUGAGGAAAAAAAAUCCAGAAAAUCACAUUGUAGGAUUUUUAAUGAAUUUAUUUGCAAAUUAUGGUGGAAAAUAAGUAUUUGGUCAAUAACAAAAGUUUCUCAAUACUUUGUUAUAUACCCUUUGUUGGCAAUGACACAGGUCAAAAGUUUUCUGUAAGUCUUCACAAGGUUUUCACACACUGUUGCUGGUAUUUUGGCCCAUUCCUCCAUGCAGAUCUCCUCUAGAGCAGUGAUGUUUUGGGGCUGUCGCUGGGCAACAUGGACUUUCAACUCCCUCCAAAGAUUUUCUAUGGGGUUGAGAUCUGGAGACUGGCUAGGCCACUCCAGGACCUUGAAAUGCUUCUUACGAAGCCACUCCUUCGUUGCCCGGGCGGUGUGUUUGGGAUCAUUGUCAUGCUGAAAGACCCAGCCACGUUUCAUCUUCAAUGCCCUUGCUGAUGGAAGGAGGUUUUCACUCAAAAUCUCACGAUACAUGGCCCCAUUCAUUCUUUCCUUUACACGGAUCAGUCGUCCUGGUCCCUUUAGAGAAAAACAGCCCCAAAGCAUGAUGUUUCCACCCCCAUGCUUCACAGUAGGUAUGGUGUUCUUUGGAUGCAACUCAGCAUUCUUUGUCCUCCAAACACGACGAGUUGAGUUUUUACCAAAAAGUUCUAUUUUGGUUUCAUCUGACCAUAUGACAUUCUCCCAAUCCUCUUCUGGAUCAUCCAAAUGCACUCUAGCAAACUUCAGACGGGCCUGGACAUGUACUAGCUUAAGCAGGAGGACACGUCUGGCACUGCAGAAUUUGAGUCCCUGGCGGCGUAGUGUGUUACUGAUGGUAGGCUUUGUUACUUUGGUCCCAGCUCUCUGCAGGCCAUUCACUAGGUCUCCCCGUGUGGUUCUGGGAUUUUUGCUCACCGUUCUUGUGAUCAUUUUGACCCCACGGGGUGAGAUCUUGCGUGGAGCCCCAGAUCGAGGGAGAUUAUCAGUGGUCUUGUAUGUCUUCCAUUUCCUAAUAAUUGCUCCCACAGUUGAUUUCUUCAAACCAAGCUGCUUACCUAUUGCAGAUUCAGUCUUCCCAGCCUGGUGCAGGUCUACAAUUUUGUUUCUGGUGUCCUUUGACAGCUCUUUGGUCUUGGCCAUAGUGGAGUUUGGAGUGUGACUGUUUGAGGUUGUGGACAGGUGUCUUUUAUACUGAUAACAAGUUCAAACAGGUGCCAUUAAUACAGGUAACGAGUGGAGGACAGAGGAGCCUCUUAAAGAAGAAGUUACAGGUCUGUGAGAGCCAGAAAUCUUGCUUGUUUGUAGGUGACCAAAUACUUAUGUUCCACCAUAAUCUGCAAAUAAAUUCAUUAAAAAUCCUACAAUGUGAUUUUCUGGAAAAAAAAAUCUCAAUUUGUCUGUCAUAGUUGACGUGUACCUAUGAUGAAAUUUACAGGCCUCUCUCAUCUUUUUAAGUGGGAGAACUUGCACAAUUGGUGGCUGACUAAAUACUUUUUUCCCCCACUGUAGUUAUGUUCAGUAGGAAACUAAAAUAUGUGUUCUUAUUGGACAAGUUAAGGUAGUACCUCCCUGUUUCACUCUGUUUUCCACCUAUUAAACACAACCCAGUUUAAGACUGGUCAGAAUUGACCCUCUCUUUAAAAAAUCAUAAAGACUUCCUGCUUAGAGAAAACAGAAAGACAAGGAACACGUUUUAUAAAUGUUAAGCACUUUUUAGAUUUUUUACAGAUUUGGUCUGUAAAGAAGAAAAGCUGUAUACAUCAAAUGUAGCAUUAUUUGUUAUGGCGGCAGUGAAAUGUCUCCAUGUAGAAGACCUUUUGAAGGUCAAGAUACAAAUCCAGUGUAUUUACACAUUUGUACACGGAGUCCCUUUGUUGCCCUGAGAGAUUUAUUGUCAGCCCUGAGAAAUGGAUUAGAUGCCUGUAAUGGAAACAGUACCUUAUAAAUCACUGGAUUUCCAAUGGAAGAGGAGGACAUGGGCAGAAUGAAAAGGUAAACCUUUGUCAGAUAAGUUAUUAGGGCCAGGAAUAGCAUUCACUCCUGUUACUUGGGUGGUUUCAUUGUUGUGAUAUACACUGUCUGAGUGUACAAAACAUUGGGAACACCUUUCUAAUACUGAGUUUCACCCCACUUUGCCCUCGGAACAGCCUCAAUUCAUCAGGGCAUGGACUCUACAAGGUGUCGAAAGCGUUCCACAGGGAUGCUGGCCCAUGUUGACUCCAAUGCUUCCCACAGUUGUGUCAAGUUGGCUGGAUGUCAUUUGGGUGGUGGACCAUUCUUGAUACACAUGGGAAACUGAAAAACCCACCAGCGUUGCAGUUCUUGACACACUCAAAGCGGUGCACCUUGCACCUACUACCAUACCCCAUUUAAAGGCACUUCAAUCUUGUGUCUGGCCCAUUCACCCUCUGAAUGGCACACAUACACAAUCCAUGUCUUAAUUGUCUCAAGGGUUAAAAAUCCUUCAUUAACCUGUCUCCUCUUCAUCUACACUGAUUGAAGGUGACAUCAAUAAGGGAUCAUAGCUUUCACCUGGAUUCACGUGGUCAGUCUGUGUCAUGGAAUGAGCAGGUGUUCUUAAUGUUUUGUACACUCAGUGUAAAUACAGUAUGGCGUUCAGUAUUGUGGUUGAUUAGCAGACUAUGAUACACAUGUUGUAUUCUGAGAAUGAGAAACACAGUUGAAAAAUGUAUUCAAGUAAACGUAAAGGGACAUUACAUAAAAAAAUAGUCAAAUGUUUUCAGUACUUCACAGUAGUCUAAUGUCAAAAUAGAUCCACGUCCCAGGCCAUCGGUUGUGUAGAUCUAGCUAUGGUUUUGGAAUGUAAUGUCCCUUUAAAAUAAAAUAAAAUAAACUACUCUUUCUCCUUGUCUUAGGCACUACAUGUCUGGUGGCCCUGCUAUCAGACCGGGAGCUGACGGUGGCCAAUGUUGGGGACUCGCGGGGCGUGCUGUGUGACAAGGAUGGUAAUGCGGUGGCCCUGUCACAUGACCACAAGCCCUACCAGCUCAAAGAGCGCAAGAGGAUCAAGAGGGCAGGUGAGCAGAGCGCUGCAUGGGUCAAAAGCACCACAACGCUAUGGGGACAUUGUAGAGACGUUUGCGUCAAACCUAGCUAAACUGUAAAUACUACAGAGUGAAUUCACGCUAAAUUUCACAGGGCUGUUUUAGAAGGGACCUAAAAAGCAUUUCGAAUGAAAAAUCUCAAUUGAAAAUGCUUCUCAGUCCAGCACCAGGCUUAAAGGUCCAGUGCUGUCAAAAUUCAGUUUUUCCUGUGUUUUGUUUCAUAUUGUACAACAGCUGAUGAAACUAAUGCUGUAAAAGUGUGAAAGAAUUUGAACAGUGUUAUUUCCUGAUAGGUGCUGGUUGAAAAUACAAUCUACACAGGACCUUCUAAUCAGCCGGUUUAGCAUGGGUGGAGUUUCGGCUUGCCUGGUGACAUAUCUGCCAAUAACAGCUAGUUUCCCCCUCCCAACUCAGACCACUCCCAGACAGUCCUAGCAAAAUUCUUGCUUCAGAAAUAGUGUUUGCUAAUUUUGUUUAUUUUUGACAAUUUUAAUGGAAGGUACUUAAUUGUUACCCAGAAAGGAUAUGAUAUUGAUAAUAAAAAUCGGCUGCUUUGGGCCUUUAAACUGUGUCCAGGAAACUUGCCCUUGAUGUUCAGCACAGAAACAAAACACACAUACAUUUCGUUGGCUGAGGCAGGUAGUGCAUAAUUAUCCUCAUGGCGACAUAAAAUGUUUCCUACAUUUCAGCAGAUCACAAUGGCACACUAGGAUGAAUCACUAGAAUGAAUCAGUGUCAAAUGGAGAGACUAAGAAUUGCAGCCUUGAGUCGCCACCUGUUGACCCUCUUUGGAAUUGCAAACAGUGAUGUCUUAUUAGCUCUGACAAAUGAUAGGAAGCACUAAUAAAUAUAUCCUUAGUUGGAUUUGAUAAAUAUAAUAUUUAUAGAUAUUAUGUACUUUUAUUGGGAUACAGAAAUGUCUAUGCUUAUUCUGCACUUUUUUCUGUGUUGUUUUCUGUGUACACAAUGAAUGACCAAUGAAUGACCAAUGUCCCAGUGUGGGAUAGUAAAGUUACAGAUAGUUGAAUUAAAUUGCAUUGCACUUCCAUUCCUUCACCACCAGGGGGCUUCAUAAGCUUCAACGGUUCAUGGCGUGUCCAGGGCAUCCUGGCCAUGUCUCGCUCGCUGGGUGACUACCCCCUGAAGAACCUCAACGUGGUCAUCCCCGACCCUGAUGUGUUGACCUUUGACCUGGACAAGCUGCAGCCUGAGUUUAUGAUCCUGGCGUCGGACGGCCUGUGGGACGCCUUCAGCAACGAAGAGGCGGUGCGCUUCGUGCGCGAGCGCCUGGACGAGCCGCACUACGGCGCCAAGAGCAUUGUGCUGCAGUCCUUUUACCGCGGCUGCCCAGACAACAUCACUGUCAUGGUGGUCAAGUUCAAGAGUGGUCCUGUGGGGAGCAGGGCCGGGGAGUAG